AUGGGGUAAUCAUCACUUUCUCGGUCCGAAUCUCUCUCGCUGCAUUGUAAACAACGGGGAAUUGUGAGGAAUACUAGCUCCUGUGACGUCACGCUACUUCCGCUACAGGCAAGGCUUUUUUAUCAGCGAGCAAAAGUUGCGAACUUUAUCGUCGAUUUUCUCUACUAAAUCCUUUCAGCAAAAAUAUGGCAAUAUCGUGAAAUGAUCAAGUAUGACACAUAGAAUGGAUCUGCUAUUCCCGUUUAAAUAAAAAACAAUCAUUUCAGUAGGCCUUUAAAGGUGUGUGUAAGCGUGAUAUGAAGGCCAGUGACAUCAAGCCAUUAAACUGGGAAGCUUCUUCAGCUGAACGUGGGAAAUGGAGGAAGUUAGUGGAGGAGGGCGUACAUCAGAGUGACUUAAGAAGAGUAAGACAAUGGGAGGAGAAGCGUGAACGUAGAAAGCGAACAGUCACACCCCCACUGAAUCAACCAACAAUACAAUAUGUGUGCAGGAACUGCAACAAAGCAUGUCUGUCAAGAAUUGGCUUAUAUAGUCACAACAGGCGUUGCACAGGAAUUGACAUUUGAGCGCAAAACGCUAUUGUCUCUCGAGACAAACAGAUGCCAGUAAGGGACAAAGCAGCUUCUGGCUCCUGUGAAGCACGACGCUCUAACAAGGGACGGGAGAAGAUAUCUGCCUGUCAAGUUGCCGGCUUCUCCAGUUCUCCCCCGCCCGGUUGUCACGUUGCGAGGCAGCAUGCUGGGAUUGGACGUGUGUGAGUUUGGGGGUCAAGUGCUGCAGCUGCUGUGGCUGACCAUGUGCUACAGAGGUUUCAUGCUGGACAAGAAGGAGCUGCCUUUGGAGGGGGAAGAGGACGAGCGGAACCUCAACUACAAUCCUCCGGCCCAGAAGACUUUGCAGGAGAUUGAGGAUCUGGACAAAGAUGACGAGAGCCUGGUGAAAUAUAAGCAGACCCUGCUGGGGACCAAGCCGAUGGUGGCAGACGUCCCCGGUCCCAACGUGCAGGUGACCAAGCUGACCCUGUUGUGUAACGAGGCCCCUCGACCAAUUACCGUCGACCUUACAGGAGACCUGAGCAGCCUGAAGGAGAAGACAUUCACCCUAAAAGAAGGCAUCAAGUACAGGCUAAAAAUACACUUUAAGGUGAACAAAGAAAUUGUGGCGGGCUUGAAGUACCAUCAUGUCAGCUUCAGAAAAGGAAUAAAAGUGGACAAGGUGUCCUACAUGGUGGGCAGCUACUGUCCUCGCCAGGACGAGCAGGAGUUUGUGUGCCCCGCCGAUGAGACCCCUCAAGGCUUGGUGUCACGCGGCGUCUACCAGAUCAAGUCCUGCUUCAGCGACGACGACAAGAACGUCCACUCGGCAUGGGACUGGAACCUGGAGCUGAAGAAGGACUGGGACGAGUAGAGGUGCCAUCUUUUCUCCUCCCUCUCUCUGCAGCGUUGAAAAGACAGGAUGCUCCCUUUCUUUUUUUCCUCUCCCUCCUACGACUUCCUCUUUCACACGUUUAGAGAAGUGUCACCUCUCUUCCUCUUUGCAUUAAUCUGCGUCUGUGAAAUAUCACGCGGUGAGUAAGGCUUUUCUCAUCAUCCCGUCAUAGAAGGAUGUCAUGCAGGUGCAGUCAAUGCAGUUUCAAUGUGAAAAGUAGAGAAAAAAUGCCACGGUUGCGCUUGUUUACGGUGUUUCCCGACUUUUAUGAAGCAGCAGGUUAAUGACGUGCCUCCUGUCAUCCCGUAAAUAAUAACAGUAAGUCCAUGUAUGAUUGUGCUUGGCCACUUUGAUCUACAAUGUCCAAGUUUACACCAACAUAUUUCCCACAAUGCAGCACAAAGUACAUGUCAAACCUUCCUAAAGUGGAGUAGCACAACAACCUCAGUCUCAAAGCGCUGAAAUACUAAACCUUUUUAACAAGGAGUCGUAGAAAGCAGACGUCAUUAUGCCGAGUCUAGGUGUUUAGUAUAGAACAGUACAUAGUAAUGCUAACAUUUCAAUGUUGCAGGUCGAAAUAUGUGGAGGAGCAAAAGGGACGGAAUUAAAUAAAUAAAUGCAUCUUUAAUUAAUUACUGACUUGUCCUUAAUUAAUUAAAAUGUGAAAUAACUCGUGUUAAUAAAUUAAUUUUGCAUGUGUUCAUUUAAUGUAAAAUCAUAGUUAUUCAACUAUUGAAUUAAUUUCAGUAUUUCAAUAUUUAUUUCCCAAUUAAAUCAUUUAUUUCAAUUAGUUUGUAUUAAUUAUCCUUUUCUUUAUACAACAAUUUUUUUAAUUUACUAUUUAUCUUUUUCUAUUCAUCUACGGAGCCCCUAAAUGGACAUGGGGGAAACAUUUUUUUUAUAAUUUUUGUUUUUUUAGACAUGUAUCUCGUGCGCAGGAGAAACUUUUUAUAAAGUUAUAAAAAAUAAAAAAUUAUAAAAAAUUGUUUUUUAUUUUUUUAGAACUUUAUAAAAAGUUUCUUUCUUCUUUAAAAAAAUAAAUAAAUCAAUAAAUUAUAAAAAAUAGUUUUCCCCCAUGUCCCUUUAGGGGCUCCGUAUUAACCUGUCGAGCAGCUUCGGAAUUUAUUUGAUCUGUCAAACUCAGUCAGUCAGUGGGCGGGUCCUAACGCCUGAUUGGGUACCCAGGACUUCCUGUGGGUGGGUCCUAACACCUGAUUGGUUACCCAGGGCUUCCUGUGGGUGGGUCCUAACGCCUGAUUGGUUACCCAGGGCUUCCUGUGGGUGGGUCCUAACGCCUGAUUGGUUACCCAGGGCUUCCUGUGGGUGGGCCCUAACGCCUGAUUGGUUACCCAGGACUUCCUGUGGGCGGGUCCUAACACCUGAUUGUUACGCAGGACUCCCACUGGUCUGUGGGACUUGAUGAGAAGCGGAGUGAUCUCUUGGUAUAAAAGUGUGGAAACAAGUUCAAUAAAAUCCUCCAUUUGAACUGCGACACGACUUUGAUGGCCCAGUUUGACAAAGGAAAUAAAAACGGGUUCAAUAAAUGUAAUAAUCAAUUAAUUAAAUCAUUAUUUUAAAUUUUCAAAUGAUUAAAUUAUGAAAUGAAUAAGCAAAACAUGAAGUAAUGAAUCCAUCCACCCAUCCAUCUUCUGCUUAUCUGAAGUGGGGUCGCGGGGGCAGCAGCCCAAGCAGAGAAGCCCAGACUUCCCUCCCCCCCAGCUACUUCAUGCAGCUCUUCCGGGGGAAUCUGAGGCGUUCUCAGGCCAGCUGGGAGACUAUAGUCUCUCCACCAUGUCCUGGGUCUUCUUCCCCUUGGCCUAAACACCUCCCUCUGGAGGUGUUCAGAGGCAUCCUGACCAGAUCCGCGAACCACCUCAUCUGGUUCCUCUCCAUGUGGAGGAGCAGUAGCUUUACUUUAAAGUCCUCCCAAAUAACAGAUCUUCUCACCCUAUCUCUAAGGGAGAGCAUUUAGUCCUCUGGUCACAACCCAGACCUCAUGACCAUAGGUGAGGAUAUGGAUGUAGAUUGCCCAGUAAAUUGAGAGCUUCGCCUUCCGGCUCAGCUCCUUUUUCACCACGACGGACCUAUACAGGGUCUGCAUCACUGCAGAUUUUGCACCGAUCCGCCUGUUGAUAUCACCAUCCACUCUUCCCUCACUCCUGAACAAGACUCCCAGGUACUUGAACUCCUCCACUCGGGGCCAGACCUCCUCCCCAACCCGGAGAUGGCACUCCACCCUUUUCUGAUGUUCAGCCCAUAAAUAAUGAAGGAACUCAUUAAACUGCUAAAUAAAUGAUUAAAUUGUGAAAUGAAUUAUUCAAUAUUAAACUAAUAAAAUAGCAGAAUAAAUAUCAUUUUACAUUCAUUAAUUGCUGAAUCGUUUAUUAACACGUGUAUUUAUUUCAUUUCAAUGUCAUUCAUUCAUGACACAUGUAUGUAAUUAUGAUAACACUUUAGUACGGGGAACAUAUUCUAAGUAACAAAGACUUCAUUUGGUUAGGGUUAGAGGG